CGGCACGGAAGCGGAACCCGGGCGAGCGCACCCCUGCUUCUGGUCGGGCUGCGGUCCGAGUGCACACUGGCGCGCCGCCCUUGCCGGCAUGGAGGAGCGCGGCGAUUCCGAGCCUACCCCGGGCUGUAGCUGCCUGGACCCGCGUGGUGUUCGCAGUGGCGGCGGCGCUCACUCGUGGGCCCCGGAGGACGCCUGGAUGGGCACCCAUCCUAAGUAUUUAGAAAUGAUGGAAUUAGAUAUAGGAGAUGCCACCCAAGUAUAUAUAGCAUUCUUGGUUUACCUGGACCUCAUGGAGAGUAAAAGUUGGCAUGAAGUAAACUGUGUAGGAUUACCAGAACUCCAGCUCAUCUGCCUAGUUGGUACUGAGAUAGAAGGUGAAGGGUCACAGACGGUCGUGCCUAUAUCCAUCUCUGCUUCCCUCAGCCAUAACAGGAUAAGAGAGAUCUUGAAGGCAUCUCGAAAAUUGCAAGGUGAUCCAGAUUUGCCGAUGUCUUUUACUUUGGCCAUAGUGGAGUCUGACUCUACAAUAGUCUAUUAUAAACUUACUGAUGGAUUUAUGCUGCCAGACCCUCAGAAUAUUUCCCUUAGAAGAUGACAUCUACACUUCUUGGUGCUUAUCUCAUUCAUGAGAGAUUGGAUUUGAGACCCAUCAGCCUGCUUCAUCUUUUAUCUCAGAGACCGACUCAGAUUUUAUCUCAGGGUUGACUUAGUUGGUCCCAUCCAUAAUUUUUCUUUCUGAAGAAUAAAACUUGCCCAGAUAAAAGAAUUUGCAGUACUCAAAAAAGUAGAGUAGCUGCUAAGGAACGUUCUUCAUAGAGACAGUUGAAGUGCAGCUGUACGCAGGUUAAGUCGAGGCUUUUUCAGAGUGUGUGUCUUCUGUCACCCCUUUCUCAGCCGCCACUGCUAGGUCAUUGCGGAAGCUACCACCUCUUUUCCUCACUCAGCUCUCCCAGUGCCUUUGCCCUCUCGCUAGCUUGAGUGGCACUUCGGAUGCACUUUGACAGUGAAAAGUUUACUUCUGCCUGCAUUUUCAUCUUUCAUAGAAAGUAAAAGAUUUCUUUCAGUUGGUUUAUUUUCCUGUUGUACUUUACUGUUUCUGUACUACCCUGUUUGGUUGACUUUAAAUCAGAACUGAAACUAUGCUCAUAAAAAGUGUAAAUGUACAUACCUGCAUUAACAGGGACCAGAGAAAUGCUACCUAGAAGAGUACUGGUCCUCCUUCCCAUUCUUACCACCACAGUCCUUGUCAUAGCAUAGCUAGAAGAUUUUAAGAGAGAGUAAGGGACAAUGUCAGCCCUAAAAAUGUCUGUAUUAAUUAGAACCAGUUACUCUACUUUUAUUAAAUUGGUAAAGUAUGAAAAAUUACAUACACAAAGAUUUUCCAAGUGAUAUUACCGUUUUUUUUGGUACCAGGGAUUGAACUUGGGACCUUUUGCUUGUGAGGCAGGGGGUGGCACCACUGAGCUAAAUCCCUGGCCCAACAUUAUCUUUUAAUAGCCCAAAUUAUAAGUCAUUUACAAGUUUCAUGCAGCAGUCAGCACACUUUCUUUAGAAGUCCAGAAAGUGAAUGUUUUAGGCUUUGUAUAACACACCGUCAUAACUGCUCAAUACUGCUACUUGAAGCAUGAAAGCAGCCAUAGACAAGUGGGCAUGGCUGUGUUCCAAUAAAACUUUAUUUACAAAUUUGAGGCCAUAGUUUGCUGUCCCCUAGUCUAGGUAAGUAGUCAAUAAUCAGAUAUCUAUGAAUGGUAUUGUAUAUACUCAUUAAAAAUUAAUAUGAAAAGCAUGAGAAAAUGUUAAAUGAAAACAGCAAGAUACAAAACAAUGAAAGAAUGUGAUCAUGGUUUCACAUGUGGUUAUAUGUUUUGAUGUGUCAUAAAAAGAUGUCAAAGUAAAUCAAAUUACCAACUGUGGUUAUAGUAGGCUGGUACGGCAGAAAAUAGAUGACUUUGUCUUUCCUCAGUAUUUCAUUUUUUAAUUGUAUUACUUUUGAAUAAAAAUAUUUUAGAGUAAAAAUGUA